CGCCAUGUAUACCCGGACAACAAUAACAAACGGCAUUCACUGCGCUUCCGUUGCCCAUGACACCGGAGCGAAGUUCUGACAGCUGAUUCCCCAAUCAGUUUAAAUCCACUCCGAGUCCCCAAUAAUCACUUUUAAGUUAUUUACAGUCCGACGUGCCUCCUAUAUCUUCCGACUGGAGUCGCAGACAUCACCUUGAACCGAGGAGUGCGGAUUAUUAUGGUGUAGCAAGGGGCGCUAGCUCUGAGACAGCAGGUAUGAACGGGCCCUGCCUCUAAUGCUGUAUCCAGUUCUCUUCAUUCAUCCAUGGUCUACUCUACACUGACGACAAAUUAAAUUCAAUACAGCUUUUCAGCAGCAGUGCAGCGGUGGGCAGACCGAGGCAGACCACAGCAGCGCAGCCAUGCUUACGUUGGCCAGUAAGCUGAAGAGGGACGAUGGAGGGAAGGCGGGCCGUGCCUCCGGAGCCUCUGACUCCACCCACAGGGUCUCCAUCAGGGACCGCCUCCUUACCAAAGAAGUUUCAGAACUUGAAGCCCAUCUCCCUAGUACAUGCAAAGCCAGUUUCCCAGAUGAGGACAAGCUGCAUCAUUUUCGGCUGGCAGUGUCACCUGAUGAGGGCUACUACCAAAGUGGAAGGUUUCAGUUUGAAAUAGACGUCCCAGAAGCCUAUAACAUGGUGCCUCCUAAAGUGAGAUGUCUGACCAGAAUAUGGCAUCCUAACAUCACAGAGAACGGAGAGAUCUGUUUGAGCUUAUUGCGGGAGCACUCUAUCGACGGCACAGGCUGGGCCCCCACUAGAACAUUAAAGGACGUUGUCUGGGGAUUGAACUCCUUGUUUACUGACCUGUUGAACUUUGAUGACCCUUUGAACAUCGAUGCAGCAGAACAUCAUCUGAGAGACAAGGAGGAUUUUCGGAGUAAGGUUCAAGAUUACAUCAAGCACUACGCCAGAUGAUAGAAGCACCGGCUACCUACACCAGCCUGCACCAACCAAACUGCUCUACCUUGCCUCUGCUUGUCUCGGCCAACUCCCCAUGUGAAUCGACAGCUGACUCUUACCACUCCCCCUCCUCUCGACAACAUGCCCUGCUGCUCGCCAGAUUGCAAUAAACUCCACCCUGCAGGAGCGAAAUAAAAAUUAAAUGAAAAAAGAUGCGUAAAGACUUGUAUACAGAAGAAAAUGAUUCUUUGAUUUGUACUAAUCGAUUAUGGUUGCGAUGACCACAAUGUCUGUUCAUUGUGACAAGAUCGCCGAAUGACGCCGCCUCCCUGAGGUGUCCCUGAGCCUGUCGGAAACGAGCCAUGGCAACGACCGGCAAGGGAUGUGAUGCAUCACCGGCAGAUAAAUAAAAUAAAGGCAGUCACGUUCAGCUUUUUAAGACUAAUCAAAAGAAGGAAUAUGUGUUGCUAUCAGUUUCUCCGUUCCAGUGCCUGCUAUGUUUGUGUCGCUAAAGAGAAAAUGCAUGAGAGUUCACAAACAUAUAAAUACGCACAGUGUAACAUCAUGUAGUAAAAGGUAAACACAUACAUCCACAAGUAUCUAUACACUUAUUCACACACAUUAAAGCACCACGAGACAGCAUGUGAAUGACCACAUCGUCCCAUUCUGUUGUCACUUUUCUUGCAUGUACACACACACACACACACACACACACACUCACACACACACAACGCUCAUGCUUUCUUUUUGUGUUUUCAGCUCCAGUGGGAUAAAGUAAGACUUCUAAAACCA